AUGGAUCUCCUUCAUAGCAAUGGCGUGCUUAUCAUUCAGCAUUUACAGAGGGACUACAGGGCUUACCAGGAUUUCCUUAAUUUUAUGUCACAUGUUGGCGAUCCUCGGAAUAUAUUCUCAAUUUAUUUUCCUCUUUGGUUUCAGCUCAACCAAGUGGUUGGUACUAAAAUGAUAUGGGUGGCAGUCAUUGGUGAUUGGUUCAACCUCAUAUUUAAAUGGAUUUUAUUUGGCCAUCGCCCAUACUGGUGGGUGCAAGAAACAAUGAUUUAUCCCAAUCAGUCAAGCCCAUGCCUUGAACAGUUUCCUAUAACAUGUGAAACUGGACCAGGAAGCCCAUCUGGACAUGCCAUGGGAUCUUCUUGUGUCUGGUAUGUAAUGGUCACAGCAGCACUUAGCUACACAGUUAGAUGGAAAGAUAAAUCAGCAAUUACUCUUCACAGGUCAGUACUGACAUGGUCAUUCCUCUGGAGUAUUUUUUGGAUAAUCCAGAUCAGUGUGUGCAUCUCGAGAGUAUUCAUAGCAACACAUUUCCCUCAUCAAGUUAUUCUUGGAGUAUUUGCUGGCAUUCUUGUGGCAGAAGCAUUUGAGCAUACCCCUGCUAUUCAGACAGCAAGCUUGAGAAUGUACAUCAAGACAAACUUGUUUCUUUUCAUCUUUGCCCUUGGCUUCUAUCUAGUCCUCAAGCUUCUUGAUAUUGACUUGCUGUGGUCUGUUCCGAAGGCCAAGAAGUGGUGUGCCAACCCAGACUGGAUAAACAUUGACACAACUCCAUUUGCUGGACUGGUGAGGAAUUUAGGUGCACUCUUUGGUUUAGGUCUCGGAAUUAAUUCUGAAAUGUUCAUCACAAGCUGCAAAGGUAAAAAUAGCUGUAAGAUAAGUUUCCGCAUAUUGUGUAUAGCUGCUUCUUUAACUACACUGCAGCUGUAUAAUUUCAUUAAGAUACCUACUCAUACUGAGCAUUUGUUCUACAUUCUCUCUUUUUGUAAGAGUGCAGCUAUGCCUCUGACUGUAGUUGCCUUGGUUCCGUACUGUGUCCACUCGUUAAUGAGGACAACUGAAAAGAAACUUAAUUAGAUAAAGUUUCCAAAUGGUUAGCAAUAUGGGGAUGGACAUGAACUGUUCAAGAACCCUCCGCAAAAGCAGUUUUGCUAACUCAUUUUAACAAGGGGGAUGCCACUGCAUCUUUGAUGUGCUCCUGGUAAGUAACCAGUACAUCCAAAAUCAGUACAUUCAAGAAUGACUUUGGCAGCUCAGAGAUAUUAAUUGCUGAUUUUAUUCCUAGAAAUAUUGCAACCACACUGCAGUAUGGUUAGAAAUGACCCAAUACUCUGGGUCAUAAUGAAGUUUUAAAGUAUAAGCAACUAGUUUUAUUUAGCUACUUGGUGGUCUUUUAGUUCUGUCCAUCUCCAGCUAGAUGGUGCUUCAAGCCUCAGUUGUACAUAGUGAUACUCAAUAUUUAAUUUUUUUAUAUGUAGAUAUUGUGUGUUAAACUGCUAGAUCAUGGUGUGACAGUAUCACACCCCCUACAACUGUACAGCUGUACCCAGGCACUGUGAAAAAGGCCAGCAUAGUUAUAAACAAGGCUUUAGAUUUAACUUAUUGAGCUUCCUGAGCAAAACAGCUUCUGAUUAAGCCAGAUGAGAAAAAAAUAAAA